AUGGAGCGCGCGCCAACGCCUCUCCGAGUCGCCUUCGUCCUGCUCUGUAGUGCGGCGUUCCUCACUGCCGUCGAAUCUGCCCCAAUCGUCCUGCCAUUCCUCCUCGCACGUUCUGCACUGCACGGCGGCGUUUCAACCACGGCGCCCGCUGCUCAGGCCAAGCCCUUGGUGUGGAAAGGGAGAACAGUCUAUAAGUACGUGACAAAAUUGCGUCCCACUAGACUCAAUGGGAAGGUGAUCGGCGACAAAGGCGCACGGGGAAAAUAUGUCACCAAGAUAGUGAGGUACUCAGCAACAACUUAUUAUAUCAAGAUUUUCUUCUCCGUCUUAAAAAUUAGAUCGGGAGGAAAGGCGCCAACCUUAACCGAGGGAAAGGACUGCACUGGAGCAUCCUUACUAGCCGGCCCUACAGACUGGACAAACAUCACAAGUGACAAAACAGGCCGCCUCAAGCGCUACAGUUUCCUGUCCACAUCGACUCUAGGACCGGGGUCUCUAGCUCAGCUACGUGCAUCGAUUGACGAUGGAUUCAAGGCGUCUGGCUAUUACACGAGGGUUGCGCACGAGAACAACGCGCAUGCACUCUGCGGGAAGGCCAAGAAAGUGAAGGGAUAG